CAGAGAUUUUGAGCUGAGUAGCAAAUAUGCAGCUCUGUUCUUCGUGCUUGUGAGUGGCUGCGUUGGACUCAACGCCAGGCAGUAUAUGGGAGAGAAAACAGGCGGAGGGGAGAUCGGUUUACAUGGUGCAGCCUCUGAUUGGUUAACUGUAUGGCACAUAUCACAUUGAAGUUAAUUUGGUACCGGCUCGGCGAGACUUUCGACAAAAUGGCUGCCGCAAGCGAAAACAUCACGGCCUGGCUUGACUGGGAUGACCACCUUUUGGAUUUUUUGUUGAUUGGAUGGAUAGGAUGGGCAGCUUUAGUUGUUGUGGUGGUCAACUCUGUACUGACCUUUUUCGGCCCCCUCCAGCCCCGUGGAGACUUUGUAGUUCGGACCAAGGAGGGGGCGACUGGGGCGAAAGUAGUAGCUGGAACCGGAGGUGCGGAAUCGUGUCAGUGGCUGAACUCGGCACUCAACUGGUUCUAUCUUCACUAUGACAAAUUUCCGGAAUUUGUUGAUGUGUGGGUGAAGGCACUCAAUGAUCAGAGUGUGAAGUUAGGGGGACCUGUACAAGUGAAGUUUGAGCGGGUCAAGUCCGGCAGCCUGCCCCCAAAAUUCAGCGAGGUCACUUUUGAGGCCGGCCCAGAGAACAAAUAUGUGGUCACAUGUAAGACCGACUCACGUGAUGUCUCGCUGGCGGUGUUUGCCUCACAGCAGACGGCGGAAGGUGUUAAACUGACCAAUCUUACUACAAACAUUCUCAAACUCAAGGGAACAUUGAAAAUGAAGUGCUUUCGGGAGGGAAGUGACAUGAUGGUCAACGUCAGUUUUGAAGGUCGCCCUGAUGUCAAGGUUGUUGGCAAGCCGGUCAACCCAUAUCAGGACCCUAAUGAUUUGGUUGAUGUGGGAGUGGUAGAGACAGUGGUAAGAAACGCCAUCUGUCUGACCUCCUCAAACUUCAACAUCUCCAAGCUGCUGCUGGGAGGGUCCUAUGGGAACCUGAGCCCCAGGGUCGUGGGAGACCCACCCCUCUCCCCUUCAAACCUGUCUCCCAAGAAUGAGGCGGUUUUCGAGCCAAUCGAAGUGAAGGAAGUGCAACAAAGUGCCUUCCAUGCCCCUAGUCUGGCCGCGGCCCCACGGACCUCUCGUCCCCCUCCCGGUGAAAAGAGGCUCCUAGUCAAGGUGAUCAAGGCUAGUGCUCUGGGCAGUCGUGAUGUUGGCUCCAUUGACCCUACCUGUGUGGUUAUUCUGGACAACCCACCUCAAACCCAGGCCACCAGUGUUGUCAAAAGUACUGUGAACCCCUUCUGGGAUGAACAGUUUCUCUUUGAUGUGUCCAGCAACACAAGGGAGAUGAAGUUUGAGGUCCGCGACAGACGGCGACCAGCAGGGGAGAAUUUCCUGGGCGAGGCAUUUGUUUACUACGAGGAUCUCAAGAGGACGCCAAGCAGUCGGCAGAUUAUCCCGUUACAGGGCAUCCUGACAUCCGGGGUGACAUGGUCACCUGGUUCCCUCACAGUCGAGUUUCUUUUUCUGGAUCCGGUGGAAGCAGAAGCUGUCCGACAAACCAUCGCUGCGAUGUCACCAAAAAGGACUGUUGAGGUAAACCAAGCUAAAACACCAGGGGGCACACUCGUCACCAAGACAACCACAACAACAGAAAGAUCCCGUCAUGGCCGACAAGGAGCAGAGGUAGAUGGAUCACCCAAUUACAUCGAGAAGCAUACCAACAUUUAUGAUUACGAUGGCUCAGACUCUCAUUCUCUCAACACCAGUACGAUCCCACAGGAACGAUCAGUCUCAUCUUCAUCUGAACAUUUGCACAUUAAUGGUGUUGAGUCUGUAGCGGAAACUGCCAUUAGAGAAUUGAUGGACCGCUCACGCAAACCACGCACCCCCACCAAAACCAGUACCCUGAUAAUCACAGGGGUCAAACGGGAUUCUGACAAGGCUUCUGACAAGGCCUCUGAGGAGAAAACAGAAUCACCUAGCACAGUCACUGUCCCACAGGAUGAAUCGCCCCCAGUCGAAGAAACAACUGUCUCUUCCGACGCUGUGGAACCUGUAAAGUCUUUACCAACUAUUAAGCAGACAACACAGAGCUCUCCAACAGAGGAGGUAAAUACUGACAUCCCUACUGUCAGGAUGGACCCUCCGCCAUCUGGCCAUGAUGAAAAAGAGAAAAAGAAAGGCUCAUCCUUAGCCCGUACAAUUAAGAAGAGAUUUUCUCGUUCUAAAAAGCGAUCUAAAAGUGCGGAGCGUAGCCGUGACGACUCGCACCUCCAACCACCAGAUCAGUCAUAUGGGCAGGCUCAGUCGAAAGAUGACAUAGAGCUUGUACGAGCACAGCCAGAUACGCCAAGCCUGAAGAAGUCCCGAUCCCUAGGUGGAAGUUUGAAGAAGCUGUUCAGGAGAGGAAGGAAGAGAUCAAGGGACCGUGGUGAAACAUCUCGAGAGAGCUCUUACUCCAGAUCAUCUACACGAAAUGCCUCCCAAGGUCCAUCCAGGGAGGGGUCAAUCACCCGUGGAGGUAGUGCCUCCUUGACCAGGAGUGGUCAACUUCCCGACCAGAAGGGAGAGGUAGGGCGCAGCCACUGGAGCAAGUCGAACACGCAAUCUACCUCUAAUGAAUAUCUGGAGAGAGGGGUAGAUGUGUCACCGCGUCAUCAACCAACAGAUACCACUUACCCAGUGCUACAACAGGAGCCUACGGUCCUACAGCCACGGGGUAUGUCCUCUCAUGAACCAGAUGUAGGGAGGGGCCAUUGGAGCAGACCUAAAUCUGGAGAACAAAUGGAUAUUGUAAGACAGAGCUAUGAUACAAACAGUGCACCUCCAGAAUCUCAAACAGCAUCAGAGGAUGUUCGGAGGGGUCACUGGAGCAAAUCAAAGUCACCCCCAAGAGCAGGCGCUGUUGUCAUCACAACUCCGAAGAAUGAGCCAUUAGAUGUGGUAACACCAAGCUAUGACACAAUGACAUCGCCACCAGAGGAUAAACUUGAGGUCAGACGAGGUCACUGGAGUAAGAGUAAGUCUCCGAGCCGUUCAGUUGGAGGGGUUGUUAUUACAACACCUAGACAGGAAGUGCCAGAUGUAGUAUCCAGCUCCAGCACGAAGGUCAUAUCUCCAGAGGUGAAAGAGAUCAAAGAGGUUAAUGGCAAAGCAAAAUCUGUGGAAAAAUUAGACAAUGGUCACUCUGCUGAGAAUAGUGUGUCUUCUGCCGAACCUGCAGAGGAUGUCGGUAGGAGGCAUUGGAGUAAAUCCAAGACGCCAGUUCAAUCUGGGCCAGUUAUUGUAAAGAAGAGAGAGUCAACGGAGAUAGAUACAACUGAUAAACCGGAAGUCAUCACAACUACAGCAGAAGUUAGUAGUGUUCAGCCUGAGGUACGCAGAGGACAUUGGAGUAAAUCGAAAUCACCUAGUCGUGAGCGUGAUCGUGAACGCAUAGGACAGAUCAUAGUGUCCAAGGACCCAGUCACCGCUGCACCUCCUGCAGAGGCUGAUAUACGCAAGGGUCACUGGACCAAAAGCAAGUCAAAGUCUCCUAAACAAGAGUCGUUUCCCAAUGUUGGUGUUGAGACAUCAGUGCCUGAUAACCAAACUUCCAGUCCUGCUCGAGUUGAAUCUCCCCCUGAAGUCAAGCCUUCCCCAGUUACAGAAUCAUCAGAUAGUGUUAAAGUAAAAGCGAAGCCUACUAAAGUCGAACCUGUCAAGUCCAAACCAGUUAAAGUUGUACCCAUUAAAGCCAAACAAACAAAAGUUGAAGCGACAGUUGAGGAGCCUGCACAAACGGUUCCCGAUGAUCCUAUAGUAACUCCACCACCUAGUGCGAAAAAAGGGCACUGGAGCAAGUCAACAAUUGACUCAAACCAGCCAUCAGGUGGAGGAGUGGUAGUAGUUACAACAGAAAUAGCAGAGGUACCUGUUGUGCAAGCGGAACCCUUAGACGUCCGCCGGGGUCAUUGGACAAAACCCAAGUCAAAGACAUCAUGAUUUUAUAUCAAGACUUAAAACUUCUCUUGGUCAACAAUUACUUUAUAUUUAUCGGCUAACUUAUAGGAAUUGUGUAGCGGGAUCCUUAAAUACUGAUUAAAAUAAUGUUUACCGGGAGUGGUAGUGGUGUAUUAGUAAACCUCAGACAACUUUCUGACUUUGGGAUUAUAAAGACACGAUAAAGACUGAAAGGAGCAAUGUUUAUGGAAAGGUUUUGUCAUUCUCUGCACGAAAAGCAGAAAAUAAAUUAUCUCUGAUUUAAUGAUUGUGCCAUUACACGUUUAUAUUAAUAUAAACAAUAUCUCAAUCUUUUUUCUUAUUAAUAUCUUUUUGAUGUCAGCUAACUGGUCAUGACUGAUUUUUUUUAUGUCAAAACAGUUUUGCUCAAAUGGAAACGUUUCAUAGGUUGAAACCAUUCACUAACUAUAAGAAUAUUCUUUCCAUGAUGUUUUUCGUCUUUCGUAUCUUUUGAAGUACUUGCCACGUGAUCUGCUCCUCAUUGAUAUGACGGGAAUAACUGCUCGGUGAAUUAAUGCUAAACUCCAGAAAUAUGUCAUCAGUUCUUUUUUACCUAAAAUACGCAUGUCUGAUGGAAAACCAAAUUUGUAAUUGCACACCCAUAGCAUUUUAUAAACAAUAUGAAACAUCGUCCUUUAUAUAUGUUUUGUUAACGAAUUCCCGAAUCAUCCCGUCCAAUUGUUUACCUUUAUUAUUUAAAACUUGUUUUAACAUGAAUAUUGAUAUAUGACAUUGAGAAAUAUACGAAAUUGUUAUGAUUAAUAGUUUUUAAUUCUUUUGCUUGAUUGAUAAACGUUUUAUUUUGAUAUUUGAUAAGAAGUUCAAAUUAUUAUUAUUACAAUUGUUGUACUGGUGGAAAUCCAUAUUGCUUCAAGGUAAUCAGCGAUUAACAAUCGGAGCGACACGUUGUAUAAUCAUUAUCCAUUCUUUUGUUAAUCAUUGUUAAAGAUCCGUUGUAUUGUUAUACAAUGUAUGGUGAAAGAUGAGACAGAUUGAUAUACAGUACAUCAGUAUGCAUGUCGUGAUGAAAUUCAUUAGAUAUUUCUCUUUGUUAAAUACUCAUUAUUUGCUUUAUUCCUUUUAGUUCCCAUUUGUUAUAACUGAUUUAAAAGGAAUAACGAAUCAUGUUGUUUUGUUUCGAUUUUGUUGACAUAUCCUUCCAUUUUGUUGAAUUAUCAUUUCCUAGUUUACUUCCCUGGUCUCAUUAUAAUUGUCCCGUAAGUGUAUGUUGAUUGGUUGGACCUUCCUCUCAGGCCUCAGUUUAAUGGUUUGUAUACAUGUGUGUGAUUUUAAGUAAUAGAAGUUUGAAAGUAAAGAUGUUGUUAUUGCUUUGAAUUCAUAGUCAAGAUAGUGGUUUUAAUGUCUAUAUAACAUUUGUGAAAAAUUGAAAUAAAAAAAAGUAUUUUGUAUAUAAUGAAAACACUAUUUAGAAAAUAGUCGCAUGCUUAUAAUUAUGGCAUUUGGAGAAGUUGAUUCAAGCAAGUUAAGAGAUGAUUCGAAGCUUUGUGAUUGUAGGAAAGAAUAUUCAUAUCAAUAUAGUUAGAAGAGGGUGAUUUUUUUCUGGACGUGCGCAUAGUAACAAAUCGACUACAUGUAUUUAGUAAAAGCCCUGGGGAUAAAACGUGAGAUCAGUUUAAAGAACAAUACUUAAGUGUGAUUAACAGACAGUUUGGUUCAGUGUCUUCUACGACAUCUCAUUAAGACAUGAUUAUUCAUACUUUUCAAAUCAUGAAUAUUCAUCAGUAUCUAUUGAUAAAGUGAAUACAUAUUCAUGAUAAUGCAAAAUAGGAAUAAUGAAUACAUUUUUUCAUCAUCUGCAGUUGAAAAAUCCCAUAACCUGCAUGUUUGUCUCAAUAAUUAGCAUGCAAAGCCAUAAGAUUCAUUCACAUUGUUUUAUUGAACGAUUGUCAGAAUAGUGAAAAAUCAUCUAUACAUUUUUCCAUAUUGAAUUCCAAAUUGAUAGAGUAUUUUGUGCUAUAUGUUUGAUGAUGGCAUUUUAUAAUAACGACAACGUCUUGGGUUUCAUGUUUGAUCAUGGCUUAACAUCUAUACAGAAGUUUAACUUCUUGUUUCUUUAAGAAAACAACAAACCUGUCUAUAUUAUGCAUGAUUCAAAAUCGUAUUCACCGUCUAUUCAAGAAUACUAACAAGCCCCAAGUCUGUUUUUUUAUAAACUUGGAUCAAAAUCCGUUCAAAAGUAAAAUGAUAAAGACAGCUGUAUUUUAAAGAAGUUAGAAACAUUCUUUCGGACCCUGUCUCGUCUAGUCCUGUCUCACAUUGUCGAUAAAUACAGCAUAAAGUUCAUUCUGUUACUCCCUGGUGAUAUAAGUCAAACUUCAUUAUCUCAAAUUCUGAUUAUUUGAAGUUCCUGCUUAACUGAAUUUAAAUCUGAAGUAUUACCGUAAAAUGCAUAUAUACUUAUAUAUAUAAUAGACUCGGUUACCUCGAAUACUCGGGGAAUGUUGAGAACUCUCCAUGAUCCCACUGACUUUGAGAUAACGAAGUUUGACUAUAUAUGUAGACAUAAAUAUUUAUAUGCUUCAAUAAGUGGUUCGUCUUCCUCCAUAUUAUUUCGCCCAUACCUCUGGAUUGUGCAAUAUUUUCGCCAGCAUAAUUUAUGUUAGAUUCGUAGAGAUUUGUAAAAUCUAUAGAAAUGGUGAUAGGUUUUGUUAUAUUAGUUAAAAAAAUCUUUGAAUCAUCGUUUCGAAGAUCUAUAUUACUAUGAGAAGAUGGUUUUGGUAAUGAGAAAAAAUGUGAGAUUUCCCCAAAUCGGUCUUUCAUAUAUGUUGCAUAACUCGUAUUUUUUCAAAGUCUGCUUUCUUAUUUUAAUGUAUGUCCAAUGAUCAAAUUGUAAGAUUAAUUCAGAUGCAACACGUUGAAGGCAAAUCUGGGUCUUUGUAGAGGAAAAUUAUUAACAUAUCGAAAAUUAAUUUUAAAAAAGUGUCUAUUUCUAGAUGAUGUACUUGGUGCAGCAUGCUGUUCACGAGUUAAUGUUUGAUCCGUUUACAUAUGAUAGUGUUAAGAUGUACUCAAUAUCUGCCAAUCAUACAACGAACGAAAGGAGUCUCAAAGUUCAAUAUUUUUUAAAUAUACAAUUUCUAUCAGAAACAUUGUAUGUAUGAUAUAUAUAAGUUAUACAGACUUACCUGUAUGUUUAUCGAGAUAUCUUGAUGUGUUGAUAAAAAUGAACUUGUUUUGAGUUAUUGAAUUAAAUUCACCGACGCAAUGGAUAACAUAUAUUUUUUUCUAAAUGUAUAAAUGAUAGAUCCAUUACUUAUUUAUAUUAUUAAAUAAAUUAUUCGAAAUUUGAAGCUUUGUCAGGCCAGCAGAGAGAGAAAAUAAAUAAGUUUAACACGACACAUCUAUUAGAAAUACUAGUAUCUAAUGACGAAUCUACUAACAAUGUAUUUACUGAUCAACGAUUAGGUCCAAGUUCUUAACAUUGCCGCCACUAAGGUUUUAUCACCAUUUUAUUGACGGAUCGGUGGUACAUUCAACACAUCAUUUUAAAAGUAUUUGAAAACUAUUACAGGGAUAUUUAUAUUUAUUUAUUUAUAAAUUUAUUGCAGCUAAUGAACAAAAUAAAACAAAUGUUUCUAAAGAAACCCUUAGUAAUCAAAGCUGGCAUAACCUAACAGUGCUAUAUCUAGCUGUGAAUUGAUAAGAGCGUUCUCAAUAUAGGUUUAUUCAUAUAGGAACAUUUACACUUAAGUCAAUAGAUUAAUUGUUGUACAAAGAUAUUAGUACCUUUCAAUACAGAUUUAGAGUUGGAUACAGCAGAGCCAGAAAAUGAAGGAAACUACGCCAUACAACUGUUUCGUUCUUCUGCUAUCCGUCAGAGAUGCCUAUAUGUGUUGAUACCAAAUUUACAUUAGCUAUGGACAUCGUGCUAGAUUUCGAUAAUAUAUUACGUGGAAUAUGCUUUUUAUUCAAUAAUUUUAUACAAGAUAAGGUCUGUAUUGAUUGGUCAGAUUCAAGUGAUGUUGUGUAGUGCUAUACAUUUUGUAUUCGGUCUGCUGUCUUCAAUAUAAAUUAUAUUUUUCUCAUUUUUGUACAUCAAUAUGUCGAUAGAAUUGGCAAACAUUUCAAGAUAGUAGUUUUUGAUCGAGCUUUAUUCAACAUUUAAUUAUAUUUGUUCUUGAAGUUUGGUUGAUUACUGCUUCAGAUUUUUUCUUGUUCAAAUCAAUUUGAUUUAUUUUAUUUAAACAUUCAACUUUUUUUCAAUUUCAAACUUUUUCAUAGAAUGCGUUCUCUCGAUAAAAUAUGUUUGAGUACCUCCUGGGAAGUUGAUUGUGUGGUUUAUUAACUCCCUUUGGUGAUUUAGAUUUAGAAUGAUUAAAUUAUCUUUGUAUUUAUCGCAGAUUAUAAGAUAUUCAAAAGAACGUAAAUGGGUUUCAAAUGGGAUAAUUUUUUUGGUGUUUAUUUUGAUUUGAAUACCAAAUAGUUUACAUGGCUUUACUAAUGUGUAAUUUCUUCCACUGUGUGGGGAAAUGACAUUUUCUUUACAUUGUGUACAAUGUGAUCUAAAAUUGUUAUCUUUUUAUUCCUCAUAGAUAUUUAUACAAUUAAUUGUGUAUAUUUACGUCAGAUCUAAAUGGUAUAAAGGAGUGUGAAUACAGUUAUUGUAUCGCUGUUUUAUUUGAUAUCAUUAGUGUCUUCUCAGUGGCGAUGUAGAGUCAGAAACGUUAUUCAUUAAUAAAACUAGUCUUAACUUCUUAA